CUGAAUUCAACGUGUAGCAAAGCCUAAAUAGAAAAGGACCUUGUACUUCUUUUGUCUUUAUCGUUGGGCGAUAGUUCGUAUUAACAUCCUAAACCUUCUCUCGUUGUCACGACGUGGCUUGUUCUUCAGCCUACGAAUUCAUGUUAACAAGUAUCCGAUCUGUAUAUGCGAAAGUAGAAAACAAGUAAAAGUGUUUUUUCAUUGGGCGAGAACUAAGUACUACCACGAUAAAAAUCGUUCCUGAAGCUCGCAAAAAUAAAGACAAAAACCAUGAAAUCUGAUUCGUCUUCCGCCUCCAGGAGGCGCUGAGCAGCGGCUGGACUGUCGCAUCAGCAGCUGGUAGAAUUGGAAAGAAUACAGCAACCGGUGGAAGACUUCUUCUACGGAUGCUAAACCUGCCGCCGCACAAAUAGUAAAACGGCAAGAAAGACGAGGACCGCACAGCGGAGGUAGAAGUCGACGACAGGUACUGGAACGAGUUGACCACAGAUUUCAGCAAAAAAAUGACGGAGGGCGGCUACCUGAUUUACACGGAGGACAGCCUGGGCACGCUGUUUCUGAAGUGGAGCAAGGAGCCAGUCGAAAACGCAUUAGCCUUUUUCGAGGCCGGCAAACCAAUACCGGCGUUCAAAUUCACCACGAACCAGUAUGGAAUGGGAGAUUUUUACUUGCGUGUAAGUUGGUUCUGAGGCGGAUAGAAGGAUUGUCAACGUUGUUUUGCAUCAAAACUUUUUUGCAUUUUCGUUUUGUUUCGAAGGAAAUUCACGAACAAGAGUAAUAAUUAUGUGCAUCAGACAUUUACAUUUUUUUUGUCCUGCAAAACUGGAACCGAUAUAAUGAAUCACACAAAAUCUUCCGACAUCGAUAACCAAGGCCGGUUUCAGCUGAUGAAGGGCUGUCAGGACAAGCAGAAAUUUUUCGAGGGCUGGGGCGCGUUUCUAAAGGAAGCGCUUUGCCGGUAGAAGGUCGCGUUUGUAAUGUAUCUUCAAAUUUAUAAUAUGGUGACUGACAACUAAUCGCAGUUGUCAUGCGUGGUCGACGUGAUGAACUGAUGUCACAGCAAAACGCCAAAAAACACAAUAAUUAUCAGGUUCAACGCGACCAGCCUUGCGGUUUACGCAAAACAAAACGCGCGCGAAGACGUGCAGGUGGUCUUUCUCGAGCGCGGAACCUCCGCGGUGCAGCGAAUAGAGCCCAACGGAAAGUGGAGCGGUGACAUCACGAGUUUGUUCGCUUUCGCCGUGGUGCCGGUGGAUAACGAGACCUACAACUGCGGCACUCUGGACCAGAAUCUAUUCGUGUCAAAAGGUAUAAAGAUGUUCUAGUUCGAAUUUUGUAUUGCUCCUGGACUUGAAUUAUGACAAAUAAAGGUAAAACGGGUUUAUUCGAAAUUUGUAAUGCUUCCUAGAAUACUAGUACACAUAUGUCAACGCCGGUAAUGCAAAAUCACCUAUCUAACCAGCGAAAAUCGAGGGCUGCGGGUACUCGCUGAACUGAGAGCAAAGCCGCGUUUUGUCUGUUUGUGAUGCAUAGCGUCACCAUCACAGCGCAGGCUUCCGGUGCAUGCUAUGCAUGACAAAUACGAGCUGUUCCUGUAGUUGCUCUUCGUCGUUGCCUCGCGCUUGCUCCAGCCCAGUUCGUGGUCUCGCAUUUUGUUCCUUCGGCUAGUUAGGAGGUAAAGCAUUACAAAUUUCGCGAACACCACUCGUCAUUCGGAUUCUUCUUGUUUGAUGCGUGAUUUUUUUCAGCCUGAGAGCCCGUUUUGACACUUCUUUGUCAUGCAGAAAUCCGAGACGGAAUCGAGAAACCAAAAUAUAAAACGACUUUAUCAAUCAGGUCAGAAGGCGGGCGCCGCCUUUCCCAUAGAAGGGGGUGGCGGAGCCAGCGGCCGAGCCACGGUUGCGGUGCCAAGCCUUAUGCUGGGAGAAAAGUUGAAGCAAGGCAAAGGCAAAGUUCGCAAAAAUGGACUUGUCAUGAUGGUUACGAACAGUCAUCGUGCCUUUAGAUGUAGGCGGAAAACUACAUACUCAUCUCUCAUGUUUUGUAUGUAAUCACAUUAGCAUGGCAUUGGCAAGUCGCAAUUUACGAAGCCUUUGACUUGGUUGCUCAACUUUCUCACGGGAUACAACUGAUGAACGAAUCCCCUACAAAUCGCGGCCACCCAGCAAGGCACACAGUAGCAUAGGGAAAGAAGAGGAGGCUUUUGGCUUUUUUGUUGAAAGUUGUGCAAUAUGCAGUUCCACUAGACAGUUCACUUGUACAGUACCCCUACCCGCAAAAUUCUAUAAAGUGUACCUUUGCCUCAACACUCCUAAAACUGUAAAACAAAUUCAAAAUCUCCACCACUAUCUCCUGCCAACUUCAUCCCAACUUCCUAGAGAAUAAAUGGAAAAAACACGUCACUUGAAAGAUCUAUCCCGCUGCUCUCCUUCCGAUGAUAAAUAACGACCCGCGCGGGGGACUACCUCGGGCACUAGGCGAAGAUGCGCUUGUAUGAUAUAUAAUGCCGCCCCUGAUACUUACUACAUACCUUGUCUUGAUGUGUUUUUUUGGAACGAGAAACAAACGCAGCAUGACGACGCAGGUGGGGAUGGGCUAAUAUGCGAGAAGAGCCCGGAGCUACUUUGCUGUUGUUUCCUGCAUAGUAUAUCGGUCGGCCUCCCCUCUACUGCUACUUUCUCCUAUUAAAAUUUCGGUACAAUAUUUUCCGCAACUUCUUCUAUCUGCAGAAAAUGUCAUGUUGCAGCCCACCACAACGAACUCGAUGUUUCCGAUACCUUUCUGUUGUUACAACAGGAGUACAUAGUCGAACCGUUGAACAAUCGAAGAUGCGCCCGCGCACAACUAGGUAAAUGCCGCUACAAGGAUGAAAAA